AUGAGUUGGUUUGGAUUCUCUUCUCCUUCAGCAACUACUCCUGUUGGACCGACAACACCAAACAACAAUAAUGUAGCGACAACAAUGACAACUACACCACCACAACCAACAUCAACAAAUGGUACACCCAACAACAACAACAAACAGUUACCUUUAAAAGGAGGAAUGGUACCAUCUGUUUCAUAUGAAUCUCUUGCUUCGUUUGAGGAGGAGCUUUCACGUCAACCAACUUUUCAUCAACUACAAGUUCAAAAACCUCCUAUCAAUAGAUCAUUGAGUUCAAGUGGAGGUUUAAUUCAUAAACAACUUACAGGUGAUGGUGGUAAUACGACGACGACAACUUUGAGCAAUGGUGAAACUAUCAAAAUAGGAGGAGGUGGAGGAGGAGGAUCAAACAAUGGUAUAGUCACUAUCGAAGAUAGUGCUAGAGAGAAACAAGGAUUCAUGCAAAAAAUUAAACAUCCAAAGGCUUCUGAUAUUAGAAAGAGUUUAUCAGGUUAUAUACAUUACUUUUUAACAAAUGGACCAAGUAAAAUAGAGGAUCAAGGUAAUUCAAUUAUCAAUUAUACAAGAGAAUUGGAAAAUGCUAUAGUUGUUAAUCCAUUGUGGGAGAAUGCUUCAGAGGCAGAAGUUGAAGGAAUCAGAGAUGGUAUUGAAAAGUUAAUCAUGACUAGAGUAUUUCAUGUAUCAUUUAUGCCAGCAAGAUUAGGAAGAUUAGAACCAACAGAAGGAAAUUAUGUACCAGAGUAUGGAUUGAUAGCGACAGAAGAGGAUAUCAAAUUAUAUAAACAUAUGUUGGUACAUGCAUUUAUUACACCAACGCAUUUGGACAUUCAAAAAUUCAUUCAACCACCAGCAUCGACCAACUAUAUUGACAAGGCAGUUCAAGAGUUGAAAAAAAUUAAUACCUACAAAUCACCAAGAGACAAGAUGGUUUGUAUAUACAAUUGUUGUAAAGUUAUCUUUAAACUCUUGUCUUCUUUAAAUAAUACUCCAUCUGGCGCAGAUGAUUUCCUUCCCAUUUUAAUUUAUGUCGUUUUAAAAUCAAAUCCUCCUUUAUUACAUUCAAAUGUUCAAUAUAUAUCAACAUUUAGAAAUCCAAGUCGAAUGUCAACAGAGACUGGAUGUUAUUUUACACAUUUGGUAUCAACAUUAACUUUUAUCGAGAAUAUUGUUGAUCAUAAACAACUUACCAUUUCAGAAUCAGAGUAUAUCCAAUCAAGAGAUAAAUGCGAACAAGAAUUACCAUUAAAAUUAAAUCCAGAAUUAUUAAAGAGAUUAAAUUCAAAACAACAUCAACAACAACAUCAACAGCAACAACAACAACAACCACAACAACAAAUAUCAUCAGCACCUUUACCUGUCGGUCGUGCACCAACACAUAAACAUACUAGACAUUCAUCGAUCAAUAGUAAUCUUUCAGGUUCGACUCCACAAUUUUCAUAUGAUGAUGAUUCAUUUGACCUUCAAUCUAGUACAAUGGAAGAAGGAUACUUUAACGAUGUCAAUAACAAAAAGUACGAAUUUAUCAAUUGUCAUAUUGAUGAUCUUAAAAUUGGGCAAAUCUCUAAACUACUAGACGACUAUAAACAAUUGGUCAUUGAAAAUAAUCUACUCAGAUCAAAGUUGUCUGGAAACUCUGAAGCUUCCUCAUUGUCAUCAUCACCAGCACUUAGUCGUAUUCCUUCAUGGGCUUCAUCAUCUCCAAGUUUUGUUUCUCAAUUUACUACAGUUCCUUCAAAUUUACCUCCAACAAUUAAUAAUCAAAAUAAUCAAAAUAUUAAUAUUGAUAACAAUAAUAAUAAUAAUAAUAAUAAUAGUAAUCGUAAUAGUAUUGAUUUAACUCAAACUCCCAGUAAAACCUCUACAUCUCCAAAUCCAUCAACAACAUCGACAUCUUUACUUGAACAAACAUUUUCAUCGCCAUUGAUACCAAUUAAUGCUUCCCCAGCAAUGUCUUCAACUAUGGCAACUAAUACACCUCCUCCUCCUCCACCAACAAAGAUGGAAAAGAGAUUAUUUCUAAGUGUAUAUAAUAGUAUAUUUUAUAAGAGAUGUAUAUUAUCAUUUGUAAACGUAUUAAAUAGACGUGGAGAUUUGGGAUUGGCAUCAUACAAGUAUCAACAGAUUAAUGAUGCUGGUUGGAUUGCAAAGAAUAGACAUUUGGGUCUGUUGAUGGAAAAGAUAAAGAGAGGAGAGCUAUUCUAUUGCUUUGAUAGUUUCUACUAUAUCUGUGGAUUGUUGACAGAUGUCGAUCUGUUUGACAAGGUCUAUCAAAUGAAUGUUACCUCUUUUAGAACUGACCGAUCAUUGUAUUAUAUGGACAGUGCUGCAAAGAAUGGUAAUAUAGGCAUUGUAAAGAGACUUCAUCAACUUGGAUUCAAAACAUUCUUUGAAACAUUAUUGACUGCUUCUUCCAAAGGUCACUAUCAAAUGUUCAAAUAUUUAAUAUACAAUGAUUUAUUAAUUCAUAAUAAUCCAAUGGCUAUUAAUGGUUUAUAUAAUUAUAAUACAAAUUAUUAUUAUAAUAAUCAAAAUCAAAAUCAAAAUCAAAAUCAAAAUCAAAAUCAAAAUAAUAAUAAUAAUAAUAAUAUUACAAUGAUUGGAUUAUUAAAUUUAUUAAAGAAUAGAGUAAUGUCAUCAUCACAACCAUCAUUAUACCAACAUGUAUUGGAUAAAAGUGACUCUCUGGUUUUGCCUGAUAAUUCAACUGUACAAGAAUUGCGUAGAGACCCUUCUGGUUAUCUUUAUCUUUCAAUGACCAAUGCAUGUACAUCUGGAAGUUUAGAGAUUGUUCAAUUAUUGUGUGAACAAUUCAAUAUGCUUGUAUCACCUGGGCAGUUGGAUGUUGCUGCCGAGCACGGUAAUGUAAACAUCCUCGAGUAUGCAUACCAAUUAUCAAAAGAGUCAUUUAAAGUAACAAAAAAUGCAACCAUCAAAGCAUCAAUCAAUAAUCAUUUAAAUGUCAUUCAAUUCCUUCAUCAAAUUUGUCCACCAAACAACAAUAGUAAUAAUAAUAAUAACUGUAAUAAUAAUAUAUUUUCAUUUGAAUGUAUGGAUGAAGCAUCAUCAAAUGGUCAUUUAAAUUUGGUUAGAUUUUUAAAUGAAAAUAGGACAGAAGGAUGUACUCAAUUUGCUUGUAAUUUUGCAGCAACCAAUAAUCAUUUGGAAAUAUUAAUGUAUCUACAUGAAAAGAAAGGAUUAAAGUGUAAUAGGAUUGGAUUAGAAUCAGCAACAAGACGUGGUUAUUUGGAGGUGGUUAAAUAUUUGGUAGAGGAUAAUCAAUCAUUGGUGACACAAUCACUUUUAGAGGAAGCAUUGGGAAAUGGUCGUGGCAAAGUAUUUAAAUAUCUUUUAGAUUUUAAUCCAACUGCAUCGUUUGGUGAUUGUUUAAUCUACAAGAUUUGUAAAGAGUCAAUGUUGGAUUGUGUAACUGUAUUGGAUUGGAAUAUUUAUUCAAAUGAAAUAAUUGAUCGUGCAUUGGAAUCAUUUGGUGAAGCAAAUGAUAGUCAAGUACCAAAAUACUUAUUGGAUACCUACCCAAAUCGAUUUAAAUUGGAUAAAGCCAGAGUCGCUCGAUUCAUUUAUUCUGGAAACAAAUUGGAUCUAGUUGAAAUGUUUAUGAAAAGGUUAGAUUGUAAAGAGAUUGAUUUAGAAUUGGUUUCAUCUUAUUUAAUGGCACUUGUUAGAAUUGGGUGUUUGGAAUCUAUUAAAUAUGCAUGGGAAGAGGAUUGUCAUAAUGUAUUUGGGAAACCACCAAAAGAGUUUAAUAGUAGACUGAUUAAUCAGUCUACAUUUGCAAUCAAUGAUCCAUGUCUAAUUGAAUCAUAUGAUUCUAAAGCUUUUCAAUAUAUAUUUACCAAUAUUACAAGAAAAGUUACUAGUGAUACUUUGAUAAAACUAGUCAAAACGGAUCGUUAUGAUAUUAUAGAGAUCAUCUAUGCCAAUAAUCCUCAAGCUUCACCACCACAACCACACGAUUGGAAUACCUAUUGUCAUUUGAUAAAAUCGGUUGCCAUGUUUAAAUUGGCACAAAAAUAUUUCAACUUGGGUCCCAAUGGCAUACAAUAUUUCCACACUUGGACUGACCAAGUCAUCGAUGAUCGAAACUACGAUCUACUAUUGGAACUAAUGAAAUGGGAACCACAAUUAAAACAACAAGCCCUCAGAUCUCAUUCUCUACAACUCCAUUAUUUCCUAAAAACUAAAACAUCCUAUAAAAUAUCAGAUUCAAAAACAAAAGAUUAUUUAAAAUCAAAAGGUUUUCCAAUCUAG